AUGGCUCUUUCUGGGUCGAAGGAGUUUGUCGAUAUGCUUCUAGCUCGUGAAUUUACAAGUGCUGAUGAUCAGGUACUUAUUAUGAAUGGUUGUGAUGUUAGUGGACAUAGUUUUAAAGCGAAUGGUUUCUCAAAACCCGUUUUGGUACGAUCAAAAGAUGGUCUAAGACUUAAGGUCCCGCUAGACUCAUUCUCUCACACAGAUUUAACCAGGUUUAUAGAUCCUAGUACUCAGGUUGAUGUCAUCGAUGUUCGUCAGCAAGUCGAGAUACAAAUGACACUCCAAGAACUGGUUGAUCACUUUUCCUCACCUCGUCGACAGGUGCUGUUAAAUAUGCUGAGUCUGGAGUUUUCAAGAACCAGCCUGGCAAAGUUUGUACAUCCUCCGCAUGUCGUUUCGGAACUUAGUCUUGUCACAACCUGUUGGCCGGAAGAUGACCCUAACGACCUUAAAGAUAUCGAAUUUGUUGACGAGACUGCGCCAACUGUCCAGAAAUACUGUCUUUUAAGUAUGAAAGGCAGUUAUACUGACUUCCAUAUAGAUUUCGGUGGAUCGUCUGUUUGGUACCAUGUCAUGUGGGGCGAAAAGGUGUUUUACUUGAUGCCGCCUACACCCGAGUUUGUUUCUGCUUAUUGGCGAUGGUGUAUGAGCAGUAAUCAUAGGGCGACAUUCUUCCCAGACUUUGUGGCUAGUCUUCGGGAUCAAGAAUCGAAUAGUAACGUAAAUAGACCUACAGUUUACUGCCUUCGUAUUUUACCGGGCCAAACAAUCUUCCUACCAUCUGGUUGGAUCCACGCUGUUUACACGCCUUCUGAUUGUCUAGUUUUUGGAGGGAAUUUCCUGAGUGGAUUGCAUGUAUCUAUGCAACUCAGAAUUUAUCGCAUGGAACAAAAAUGUAAAACUCCAAUUAAAUUUCUUUUCCCCAAUUUUGAGAAAGUUCAUUGGUUUUAUAGCCAAUGUCUCCUGGACAGACUAACUAAUAACUUGACUGAUGGCGAAAUUCCGGUUAUUUUUGAUGUAGAAGCGGCUGAAUGCUUGGCUAAAGUUCUUCCUUUGUGGUAUUCUAAAAGACAUUUGCUCCCACCAGAAGAAAGAGAUUACUUUCUUCCGAAUCAAAGUCAGUUAGACAUGUUAUGUCCAAGUCUCAUUGAAAGACUGUCUGAGGUCGUAAAUUCAAUAUCUUCACGUUCAACAAAAAACUCAGAUUUUUUAGCAAAUUAUUCCAAAUCAGAGAUAUUUUCAAAGCAUUCCAAUUAUAGAUCUAAUGGACGAGCAAUUGAAAGCUGUUCAAAUUCUAAAAGUAUCGAAUGUUUGAACCGUGAGUUAGGUAAGGAAACUAACUGGGAACUUAAAGAUAGACAUAUUGGAGGUCUAGGUUGGAUGCCAAAUAGACAAACUUAUUUCAAAAAUUUACGUGAACCAAAGCGCUCGAUAAAAGGAAAUGAGAACGAGAAACAUGUUAUUAUUGAUGAUGCAGAUAUCCUUGAAGCACUUCCGGGUUUGGAAAAAAGUCGAUUAAUCGGAGACCAUUACUAUUUGACAUUAAGUGAUUCAGAAAGUGAUGAUGGCGAUAACGCUACAAUGAAAUCAAAAGCCGAAUGUUCGCUAACAAAAAAACAGAAGGGGAUAUCUACCUUAUAUCAAGCAAGUAGGAAAAGAAAGACUAAGAAUGAUGAUGGUGAUCCAACGUGGAGUAUGCCUAGUCCUACGCGUCGUAGAUUUAGUGCAACUAAAUGGAAGUCAAAGAGUUCAAAGCUUGUUUCUAAUUUAAAAAGAGAUAAAAAGUCAUUGCACCCUCUACUCAGUGAACUUAAUCCAUCAUCAUCGGGCUCGAGUGCUUUAAAACCUAAAGAUACUUCAACAUUGCAUCCGCAUAUGACAGUAAAUUCACAAAAACCACGAACUAAAUCCAAUACAACAGUUAGACAACGUCUUGCUAAACGUUUAGGCAUUUAA